AUGAGAAAUCCAAGAUUCUGCGUGUUCAGCUGGAGGUCAACCAGGUCAAGGGUGAAGUCAACAGAAAGCUUGCAGAGAAGGAUUAGGAGGAACAGCCAGAGGGUGAUUGACACCAUGCAGAGCAAUCUGGACUCUGAGAUCAGGAGCAGAAAUGAUGCCCUGAGAGUCAAGAAGAAGGUGGAGGGAGAUCUCAAUGAGAUGGAGAUCCAGCUAAGCCAUGCCAACCGACAAGCUGCUUAAAGUUGAACUAUGCAGAAAUCGCUCUGCCAUUUCCUGGUUGCUAAAACGCUAAUAGUUCGCCUAAUUUCAGUUUAUGUGACAAAAUAAACUAGUAUAGUGUAGAGAAUCAUUUUACCAUCUAAACUGCUGUGAAAUAUAUUUUCCAUAACCCAAAAUAUUGUUGUUUCAGCUGUUUGAAGUUGGUGUACAAAACCGAAAGUAAAAGUAAUGGGAAGCAUAGAAAUAGCGCACAUAGAACAGAUAUACCGCUUCGUAGAUUUGCUUUCAAGUAGAAUGAUAGAUCUAUAACUCACAUUUCUAUGUGCAUUUGGUCGGGUCGCCCAAAAAGUUACAUAUUGCCACUUUAAGCUUCAUUUUUUUUUGUCAAAAUUUGUUUACGAAGUCAAUAACUUAAUGACUUCCCACGUUUGCUAAAUAGUCUAUAACCUAUUUAUUAUUAGGAUGCCCAACUGCACCUUGAUGAUGCAAUCAGAGGACAGGAUAACAUGAAGGAACAGACAGCCAUGGUGGAGCGCAGGAACAACUUGAUGUUGGCUGAGAUUGAGGAGCUGAGGGCUGCUCUGGACCAGACAGAGAGAGGCCGCAAAGUGGCUGAGCAGGAGCUGGUGGAUGCCAGUGAACGUGUUGGACUGCUGCACUCUCAGGAAGAGUCAUUUUGUUCAUACCGUUUGUUGACGUUUGUCCUAAUUUUUAUGAACACAGGAACUUAUUCUUUACAUGAUUUGUGUAGAACACAUGCCUACUGAGCACCAAGAAGAAGCUUGAGGCUGACUUGGUUCAGAUACAAGGUGAAGUGGAAGACACUGUUCAGGAAGUCAGAAAUGCAGAGAAGGCAAACAAGGUCAUCACUGAUAUGAGUCAAAUA